AGCCCACCCUUGUGUCUCAUCGACCACUACAAGCCGCCCUCGUGUCACCACCUCGUCCUCGUCCAGUCACGUUGGGCGUGCUCCCUCCGCCGCUUGGGCCAGGAUACUUUUCAAGGGGCUCGCAGGAUCUCAGCGACCAGAGAUUGGCGAAGCCGCCUGGUCUCUCAGCCGCUGGAGACAGGGACGUGGGCAGUGGGGGUUGGUUGGAUGGCGAACAGCACAUACCUUAGUCUCAUUCAACUCGUCGGUGCAGCGGCCUCUCGAGUCAAUAAAAUGCCCGAAGCAACGAAGCAAAGAGGGGAAUAUAUCACACCCCUCCCGAACCCACCAUCCCUCCUCAGGCCAACCAGAGCGCCGCCGACCUCCCCGAACCCUGGUCUGACCAACCCUUCUGUUGAAUAUUUCCCCAGACUAUCCACAUCCGUAGCUUCCUUCCUGACUCGUUACUGGGAUCUCCGUCCGUCUUCAUCUUUGACAACGCUCGUCUUGGUCUCUUUCCCCGCAAAUUCCGGGUCUCAACUCCAGCGGACCCCAUAUCGCUCGCGGACUUGGUACUUGGCUAACUAG